GUGGAGGCGAGGAGAGCGAGCUGCAUUGCACUUGGUAUAGAAAUAGGAAUAGGAAUAGAUCAUCGACAAUGUCGUAUUUGCUGCCGCACCUGCACUCGGGAUGGGCCGUCGACCAGGCCAUUUUGGCCGAGGAAGAACGUGUUGUCAUCAUACGGUUCGGCCAUGAUUGGGACGACACUUGCAUGCAGGUCAACACUCUUUUCUCCCUCUUCCUCUCCAUUGCUCAUUUUGAAACUUGAAUCAGUGUUUGAUUGAUUGCUUCAGUUCAGUGUUUGAUUCAUUCCUUCGUGUUAAUAACAAAGACCCAAAGCUCUGAUGAUUUAAAUAUAGAACAAAAUUUGCGAACAAGUUAGAUUAACAUUUCAAUUUAUGAGUGUGAGAGCAAGUGCUUGUUUGUUUUGGUGCCAAGUUAAUUUUAAAGAAAUGUUGGGAAUUGAAUUAACGAAGCCAAUCAAUAUACAUGAAUGUGGUAUGUGCUGCCACAUCUGCAGCUGGAUGGGGCACUUGACGAAUCGCUUGUUGACAUCAGCCAAUUCGGCCACGACUGGGAUAGGAUAUGUGCAGAUGGAUGAAGUGCUAGCAGCAGUGGCUGACAAAAUUAAAAACUUUGCUGUUAUUUACCUUGUGGACAUUUCGGAGGUGCCUGAUUUCAACACAAUGUAUGAGCUGUAUGAUCCAUCCACAGUCAUGUUCUUUUUCAGAAACAAGCACAUUAUGAUUGACCUUGGCACUGGGAACAACAACAAGAUCAAUUGGGCUCUCAAGGACAAGCAAGAGUUCAUUGACAUUGUGGAGACUGUGUACCGUGGUGCAAGGAAGGGUCGUGGUUUGGUGAUUGCUCCUAAGGAUUACUCCACCAAAUACCGCUACUAACUGCUGUAAUUCAUUCCAGUCUUUGUAAGAUGAUCCUAAUUUCUGCAAUUCCUAUAUAUUAAGCUCCUACAUUCAAACAGCCAAAAGCAUCCUAAUGUACUGAACAUCUACUGCUUUGAAUGGAAUUGCACUUUACCUCAUCUGUUCACUCCUAACCUUGAGAGUUUGAUUAUGUCUUUAGCUUUUCGCAUUGUUAAUGCUAAUAGAUUGAUAAACUAGAAACCUAGGACU